AUGCGUGUUCGGAGCUACACAGAGGGUGUAUUGAAAAGUCAUCAUACCCUUGCAUUCUUGUCUGGGCAGGGAUUUUUAGGCUUGAGCGGAGCAGUUGUAAUUCAAGUGUACGACACUUUGUUUGAAGGCAAUCCUUGCACUUUCUUGUUAAUCCUCGCACUGCUUCCUACUCUCAUUUCCAUCUUGCUUAUGUGGUUGGUCAAGAUUGAUGCAGCAGCACGCACCAGAGAUGAGAAGAAAUAUUUGAAUGGCUUCUCUGUAGUUUCCCUGGUCGUUGCUGCCUACCUUAUGAUCCUAAUAAUCUUGGAAAAUGCCGUCACUUUGCCACUAUGGUCUCGAAUCAUUACCUUUCUUGUUCUCCUUUCUCUGCUGUCUUCACCCCUUGGUGUUGCAUGUAAAGCUCAGAGUGAUAGCUCACUGAACCUUGCAUACACAUCUUCCGUCGGGACUCCUUUGAUGGAUGAGGCUGAGCCAAUUAAGCAGGAGACAACGUCGUCUCAACCUGCAAAUCCCGUGGACAUUCAUCCUGAUGAUGAUGAAGUUCAAAACAAAUCCGGCUCUGAGGAUAUGCUCAACCCUGGAGCGGAGUUAAACCUCUUCCAAGCAAUGAGAACUGUCAACUUCUGGUUGCUGUUCAUUGCUAUGAUAUGUGGGAUGGGUUCAGGGCUGGCCACAACAAACAACAUCAGCCAAAUAGGACAAUCUCUUGGCUACUCAACUGUCGAGAGGAGUACACUGGUUUCGUUGUGGAGCAUCUGGAACUUUUUAGGCCGCUUUGGAGCUGGAUAUGCAUCGGAUAUUUUCCUCCACAGGAGAGGCUGGGCAAGGCCUUUGCUCAUGGCUCUUACGCUAGCAGCCAUGACCGCUGGCCAUGUGGUUAUUGCUUCUGGAUUUUCUGGGAACUUGUUCAUCGGUUCGGUGUUAGUCGGUGUAUGCUAUGGCUCUCAAUGGUCCUUGAUGCCUACCAUUACCUCCGAGAUAUUUGGAGUCCGACAUUUGGGUACGAUAUUCAACACGAUAGCUGUGGCCAGUCCCAUUGGAUCUUACGUCCUCUCUGUUAGAGUUAUUGGCUACAUUUAUGACAGACAUGCUGCAGGCGAAGAAAAUACAUGCUACGGCAAGUACUGCUUCAUUUCAUCUUUCUUCAUCUUGGCAUCUGUUACUCUCCUCGGAUUCCUCGUUGCACUGGCACUAUUUUUCAGGACGAGAAGGUUUUAUUCCCAGCUUCUGAUUCGAUGGUUGAGGCGCGCUGCAACCUUCUAGAGUUAGGUUCUUGUAUCUCGGGUAUGUAUGCAUGAAUGACAAUUAAUCAUAUGAUGAUUCGAUG